GGGGCUCUGGAGGUACCCCGCGUGUGCGGCGUGGGAGAGCUGGCAGUGGCGCUAGUGAUAGUGGCCAAAAGGGAGGCGCUGGAAGUGGGGGAAACAACAAACGGGAUCGCAGUGCAUCGAAUAGUGCUCCUGCGAAGCGUGGCAGACGAGGAAGCAAAGCAGAAAGUGAGAUGUCCGAUGAUGCGUCCUCAUCGGCGUCGCCAGCAUCUACGAGUAGCAGAGCGAAAAGUAAGGCAAAGGGAAAUAAAGCAGCUUCUGGAACCCCAUGUGGAGGAGCUCGCGGUCAAUCAGCCAGUGGUGACGAAGGCUUACCUGGAGCUGCAUCGGAACAGCAAGAAGAUCAGAAGGAGAAGGCGUUGAAAUCGAAAACAGCUGCGAAAGUUGGUGCCCGUGCUGCAAAAUCUCCAGCACGGAAACCGAAAGCUAGGGCCGCGGAGAAGGCCUCUGCUGCCAGUGCAAGCAGCGAGCAGGCUAAUGCUAAAGCCAGGGGCUCUGCAGCUAAACGUGGUCGCUCAGCCUCCAUGCUAGACGUUGAUUCCUCUGCACCAACCGCAAAAGUGGCUUCGGCGGUUUCUCCUAAACUUUCUGCUACUACUGCCUCUCCAAAAGGGGGACCGAAGAAGGUUGCUGCCAAUGCUAAGGCAUCUGCAAACAACUUGUCACCGAAGAUGGCGCCUGCUGGUACAAUUUCUGGUCCAACAAGCGAAGCACCCAGUGGUCUGCUUUCGCAAAUUUCAAGUGGUGUGACGUUGCCGAAUAAAAAAGGAGACAUCACUCCUGGUGCAGCGUCAUCAUCUUCAGGAAAUCAGCCAGAAUCGCCUCGAUUGGCUCCAGCGUCGUGGUUCGUUGUAGGAGAUCCCAACAGUGUUCCGGAGAUGGAACUGACGCCAAGUGCUGCAAGUACUACACCUAAGGGAAAAAGCACUUCUGCCGUGUCACGCAAGAGAACCUUAUCUGAAGAGUGGAUGGAGGAAAGCGAACGGGCAACUUCUGGUUCUGCAUCUACAACGGCGAAGGCGAAAGGUGGAGCUGCUUCAUCGAAUGCUCCUACUUCUAAACAGUCUGGUAGUACUUCAUCUAACGCAAAAAAGGGCAAAGCAGCGGCAAAAGAGCAGAGUGCUGGUAGUGGUUCGGGUUCGGGUAAAGAGAAAGAAGCAAGUAGUGGUAAAAAAUCGUCCUCACCCGCAAGGGGAACUUCGGCAGGUGCAUCAUCCUCUGGUGGCUCUGCUGCAAGCGCCAAGAGCAGUGCCGCAACAUCAAGGAGAGGCGCCGCGCAAACUACUGUAGCGCGAAAGACAGCCACGACAGCUCCAAGCAGAAUUUCCACGAGAGACGCCCAACGGCUCGCGAACAAGGAAACCAAGCCAGCUUCUAAUUUGCCUCCUUUACACGAAGACCAAACAGCACAAGUCUCUUCUGGUCGUGACGGUGGAGUAGCCUCUCCAACAACUUGUAUGCUUACCUCUGGUACCACUACUAUUCGUCCAAACAAGCCUAUGUUGGAUCCAGAACUUCGGAGUAAGCCAUUGAGGAGAAUGGUGAGCAAGACCCAAGAUCCAUUGGAGACUCUGAUACAACGUCAACAAAGUGCUGCACAGAUGAAAUUGGAGAAAGAGCAGCUACAGAAAGAGGAUCAUGCGUUAGCACUACAGCAAGAAGAGGACGAUCACGAUGUAGUCUCGUCUUUGACCAGCACCAGUUCUUUUACUCAUGGAGGUAAUAAACAAGAAGAGCAGCUAGAACCUUCAGCAGGAGCACCUGAGAAUUCCACUGUGAUCGCUUCACAAGAAGGAGCCUCUUCUACGACGUCCACAAACAUGUUCAUGCCUUCCGCUCCCAACUCACAAGGAUUAUCGUCUAGUGUGAAGCUCGAGCGCGAAAGUGAGCAAUUGUGCGUCUCAAACUCGGCAUCUGCAAGCAGAUAUGAAACAGCGCUUCCUUUCCGUUCUAAAUCUCCUACCCCUGGUUCUGCGAUCGCAAAAGCGUUUUACAUUAUGCAGCCUGGUAUUCGUUCCUCGGUACUUGAUGAGAGAUUUUCGCCUUCUUGGCGUUUCACCUUGUGCAUGGUGUCUGUAUAAUAUUUAUAAGUUGUAGUCCUCAUUUAUUACUUUUGGAAAAAGGUUUUAAGAUGUUUGACAAACAAGAAAGCUACGAAGCGAUGCUGCUCUACUUCUAAUCUCCCCAACCGUCCCCCUCCGCCUGGUGGAAGAAGACCAGCUUCGCCUGGUAGUGUGCCGGCUGCAGCAUCCCUACUCCUGCCACCACCUCCACAUGGGUUUGCUGCCAAUGUCUUUGGCGAUUUGUCGCGCAUUCGCGCUGAAAGUGGCUUCGCUCCACUACCACAGACACGCGCUGCCAAAGACCUAGAACUACUAGAGAGUGCCAAGCAACAAGCAGACUUCUUACUACAAGGUAGGCAUACGGAACCAGUGGCGAGUCAAGCCAAAUUCAAGAGUCCCGUUAGUACGAUUUUAGAUCGGUACAGCGGCAGUGUCAGUACUGAUUUGGGUGUCAGUUCUAGUAGUGGACAAGCUCCAAAAGUUGAGAGAACUGUUGAUGCGAAGACAGAACUGGUGAUGAUCAAAGACGAGUCAGAGGAGGUGAGCGAUCAAGAAGAUGCAAGCGCGACUGCGGGUGUCGCUAACGCUUCUGCGCCAGCGUCGGAAUUGACUUUUUAAGACUGAAAUAUUUCAUAUAAUUCUUGAACUCUGUUAUCUUAUAUAACGUUGUAGAUUUUCUUGAUACGCGUGGUACGCGUUGGUGGAUCUUCCUUGGUAAGAAAUUAGUACAGCUGGCAGUGAAAUUUUUCUGCUUUAUCAAGAGUCAUCUUCUAACCUAUCGGUCCCUCACAGCGCGAGCAGAGCGACCAGGUUAGACGAGAGGCGAUGCGACGACGUCGCGUGGCUCAGCAGGAACAAAGAAGACAGGAGCGACGCAGACGGAAGAGAGCUUCUGUAACAGAUCCAAAUGUUGAACAAGUGAGAAUUGAUUAUGGUUCCAUGGUGAUGGUCAACGUCAAGAAUUUCAACAAGUAACAACAGAUAGUACCCGUGAAGUAUAAUGACACAGAUGAAUCAAAAAGAUCAAAAUUUUUUACUACUUAUAGUGACUUGCCUUACUGCUUACUCCAGCUACAACUCAAACUCUUCUAACAACUUCCCCAUGGCUCAAAGUCCUCCUCCGAUGAUGGUGGUGACUCUGGCGAAGAGGAUGGCGCAGGGGGUGGAGCGAUAUUCGCGGAUGGCGACUUAGAACUAUCAGCUUUGCAUGAUUUGAGUGAGCACAGCAGCCAAGAAGAGAGCGAUCCGUAUACUAUCGUCAAUCGGACAAGGCUUGGGAUCAUGCAAGUUGUAGGUGGGAGAGAAGGAGAGCAGGCCCAGGCGGUGGCGGUCACAACAGCAACACCUGCUGUGCCUGGGGUCACAACAACCACGAGGACUGCUGCUGUGGCAGUACCAGCAGUGGCAUGAACGGAAAGGGGCGUUAGAUGAAAACGUGUACUUAAGCCUUAUUAAUCUGUUGGAUAGACGAAGAUCAACCACUACAGCAAUUCAUGGUCACCUCCAGAAAAAUCUAGUGGAAAGUCGUUGCUGACAACAAAUUGUGGAGAGGGGACGACACGAUGAGCAAUAGGGGAAAAUCUUAUUUGAAAUAUAAUGAGAUCAACGUAAAAAUAGCGAGAAUGUAAGUGAAUAAUUUGAAUAUAGAAUAAGAGUAAGAAUAUAUUACUGAUGAGAACAAAGAGUGUUGACUUGUACUUACUGGUAGACGUGGAACAAGCAAGGGUAGAAGCAGUUUGUUGAAUGAAGACAAGUUUCACAAACUCAAACAGAGUGAUUUAUUUCUGAAGUGGUAUCGGUUUUGAAUAUUUAUUAGAAGAAAUAGAGGAAAAAAUGUUAUAGAUUUAGAUAUGAGCAGCAAGAGCAUCAUCAUCAACACCAUCAUCAUCGUCACGGUUUUGGAUGAGAAUGGAGGACGAGGGAAGCAGGGUGAUGAUUAUUUGACAGAGUAAAAAAGCCUGGUGUGAAGAUUACUUCGUUUUGUGUGAGUGUGACAAAGAGAAAUUAAACCUGUCAUUUUCUAUUUUUGUUGAAACAACCAUGCAUCGUCGUGCUGCAACUCCGCGCGGAUCCUUGCAUUCUUGCGAUUUGUGCAGCAGGUGCAGAAUUAUCGUCGACCCCUUAUGAGCGAACACUCAUUUAGAGUUGAAGAUAUUUCUUCUUGACUGAUAUAUGUAUAUGACGAGCAGGGUCUACUUACGGCUCUUAGUUAAAAAAUGAAAGUCUAACAUCCACCAGCACCGAGUUGGUGCCGCUGAUCCAUGUAGGAUGGUACUAUUUUUACCCGCGCGGGCACGCGUGACUUAAGUCACAUCAUCUGAUGGAUCUAUUGGUGGAAACAGUUUCUUGACCUUGUUUCUUGUGAAGUGAUAUAUAAAUAUAUUUAUAAAUGUCGACGCAGACAACUAUAUGCGCCAGUAUGAUGAUGUUUUUUUCAGCAUGAUAAUUUUAUGUGUACUAAAACCAUAGAGACAGAUGAAAAUGCGUUUCAUCAUGAAAAUAAGUAGAUGGAAAUGGUUAUGGUAAGAAAGAGGUACAUGCUUACAUAGAAGAACUUAGUGUUUUUAGUCAUAAUCCGCAGUCAUAGUGAAGCACCUAUUCGUGUCUGGCCGCUUUCGUCGUAAUCUUCCUUAAAAAGUGCGCGUUCUUGGUAGUUGGUACUGAACAUCAUUGCAGCACUGGUAACUUCUCAUCAAAGUAGUCUGCUAUGAUGUGCCUACUCGUUGACGCUCAACUUCUGGAAGUAGACGAUCGCGGAGGUGAAAGUCCAAGUUCUUUUUUAUUUCGAAGUUUCAUUCUGAUCACAAACAGCCCAACAUUGUAUUUUUAUAGAGAAAACAAGAAGAUCAAGAUCAUGAAGUAGUGUUAUAUAUAAGAUAUAAAAAUUUUCCUUUCACCUUUGUUGAAUCUGAGAAGAUGGUAUUCGUAUUUCUUCUAUGACUGCUACUGCUAUUUCUUUCAGUCAUCUGGUGAAUAUUCUUGCCUUGCUGUAUUCGCCGCACAUACAAGUCUUUUGGUAGAAGUCAGUGGUCUUAUUUUAUUUUCCAAGAACUUCCAAGAACGCACAUUGAGCAUUGGGAUCAUGAUUGGGUAAGAAGAGAUUGAGUAUAAUUUCCGGUAUGUUUUUCGUUUUUUGUUGUUGAGUGCUCCUUCAUCCAAGGCGAGAGUCUGCGUUUCUUUCACCGUCGGUCUGGUGCUUUUUUCAUGAAAUUCGAU